UGCAAUGAGACUCCACGUCGCAAUGUUUACAAUGACAUCAUCCACCCUUCCACGUGUAACGUAAACAUUGUGACGUAAAUGUUUAUUUUGAAAACGCUAUAAUUUGCAUAUGCGCGACCCUGGUCGACCUCGAAGAUCGCAACUCGACUAGACUGACUCGGCUCAGAAUAGGCGAUGGUACGGUGCUGAAUGAUCAGUAACAAUGGCUGAGAAGAAAGAAGAGGAUAACUCAUUGACUGAUGCCAUCUUAACCAAGUAUGGAAACAUGGAAUCAGGUCUUCAUGACAUGGGAAAAGUUCAAGUCUAUUUCAGUGCUCCAGCCAAGAAAAUACAAUCAUCAAAAGAUGACACGAUGGAUCUCAAACUUCCCAGAAUCUUGGUCCUGAAUCGAUACAAGAUCAGAAAUGCUGGAAAUGAAGAAAGAUUAGCUGAGCUCUGUAAAUCUGUUACAGAGCUGGACUUGGCUGAGAAUGCUUUAGAUAACUGGAAAGAGAUCCUGAAAAUUGCCGGUCAGCUUCCAAGAUUAGAAUUCUUCAACCUCAGCUCCAAUCCAUUACACUUAGCCACACCCUUAGCAACACCAUUAGCAACCACUAGUAGUCUAGUCAACAUGGAGAAUAUACAGAGACUGGUGUUAAACAAUACCAAACUACACUGGGAGUCCAUACACAGUCUGCUUACAGUCAUGCAAAGGUUGAAGGAGCUUCAUCUCAGUCUGAAUGAGUUUAGCAGUGUUUCAUCAGGUGACUGCACUCAUGACAAUCUCAAGCUACUUCAAUUCAAUAAUAAUCAAGUGAAGGAGUGGGAAGAUGUGAAGAAGCUUGGUGCAAUGUUCCCUGGCCUAGAAACACUCAUACUCAUGGCGAACCCUAUCUCAAGACUAGGAGCUAGCCCUGGAGAGGCGUUCCCUAAUCUGAAGGUGGUGUGUCUGAGCGAGACAUUGGUAGAGUCAUGGGAUGAACUAGACAAGUUGAAUGAAUUCCCAUCUCUGAAAGAAGCCCUGGUGAAAGGAAUUCCCUUGCUAUGUGUGACAGGGAAGGGAGAUAAAGCAGAGAAGCAGAUAAGACAGCUGGCUGUCGCUAGGUUAGGCAAGCUGGAGAGUCUCAACAGAAGUGUUAUUACAGAGCCAGAGAGGGAGCAAGCAGAGAGACUGUUUAUUAGGAAGUUUAGACAUAGUGAUGUCAGACCUGCUAGGUAUGAUGAACUGAUUGCUAAACAUGGACACAUUCAAGAGCUUGCCAAGGUUGAUUUAACCCCACGCACUACAUUCAACUGUAAGAUCACGUAUGAUGACAGCUCCUAUGAUAUCAUCGUCAAUGUGAAGGAUAAUGUUAGGCAACUCAACAAGCAAAUCAGAGCAAUCGUCGGUCUACCAACAAACAAAUUCCGCACGUAUUUUAGUUCUACCGAUCCAACACACUUGAAUAAUAAUGAGUGGCUUCGCUACCCAAAUCGUUUCUUGCAUAAUUACAAGAUUGGUGAUGGUGAUAUUUUUGAUAUUGGCCCUGCAUAGUGAAACUUUUCAAUUGAAGAUCUGGAUACUGGCUACUACUAGAAGCUACGCAGGAUGGAUUUAUAG